AUGCAUAAAGAAUUCAAGGGCCGGAGAAAGUUUUGGAGAUCAUCUCAAAAUAAGGCUAGGGUUCAGGAGGCAAUUUCAUCCCAGUAUGAGGCAAUAUCCGCCCUGGUGAAACGGUUUACAGAUGAGUUUGUGACCCCUGGGAUUAUGAAUGGUAUCAACAACAUUCUCGGAAAUUUUGGCGAUCGUAAGAAGUUCCCAAAAGUCGUAAGCUUUAUUCAUGGGAUGAAAAACGUCGAUAACCAAUCCACUCCUACUCCAGGUGAAUGCCUGAGUGUAUGGCACCAGCCACAGCAACAUACCGUAGAUCAUGUCGUGCAAGAUCCAGACGGUUCUAUGAUCUACAGAGCCGUACUCAGUAAAGUUGAGACCACUGUGUUCCUGGCUGACGCCCUACUUCGACCAGUCCCAAAGGAGGAAUGGCAGACUACCUAUAGAGGAAAUAGGCAACGGGCGUUGUGUGCACACAACAGCAUCACCGUCCCUGUUGUUGUUCCCAGCCUGCGCGUCCUGUCGGAUAUCUCUAGUAGUGACUAA